UGAAGGGGAUGGAAAUCAUAUCCCUAUUCACUAAAACCUUAGAAAAUUUAGAUUAUCUCAAACAAUCUUUUUUUUUGUCUUCAAUUUCCGAUAGUUUAAUCCAUCCCAAUUCAUUUUCCGGCCGUUUGCAAUUCCGUUAAAAUAUGAAUGAAAAGGAACCCAAAGUUAAAGAAGAUGGGGAAAAUUCUCUCGCGACGGCGCCUCCGGUCACGAUGGCGAUGCCAAUUUACGAUCCUAACAUGACCGCCGUUUGGCCGCCGCCGCCGCCGUAUUAUUACCCGCCAAUGCCGAUGGCUCCGCCACCGGGUCCGUACUAUUUCGCGCCAUACCCGCCGUAUUACAACCAACCGCCGAUGGAAAUGGGUGGCUACGAUCCGUACAAUCCUGACGUUUCACUAACGCCGUUAACGCGUGCCUGGUCCACACAGCUUUUUGAAUGUUUCUCGGACAUCAAAAUUAGUUUCAUAACAUUUUUUCUGCCAUGUGUGACGUUUGGGAAAAUUGCUGAGUUUAUAAACGAAGGACAUACAACAUGGUGGGAACAUGCACUAGUGUUUGCGUUCUGUCAAGUUGUAACGUUGUCCCAAGGAUCCGUAAUCUACUCAUGCUACUAUCGGACUAAAAUGAGGAACAAGUACGCAUUGAAUGGCAACAUAUUCAUGGAUUUCCUCGUAAAUUUCUUAUGCAUGAAACUGUCGCUUUGUCAACAAUAUCGUCAACUUGAUCGUAUGGGAUUCGACGUUGGCUUAGGAUGGCAUGCAUAUAUGGAGAAACAGAGAAUAAAUGCAACGGAAGCUGCAAUUCAGUUUAUGCCCCCAAUGAUGGAUCAUGGGAUGUAUAGAUAAGAAGAAAAAUACUUUAAAAUAUUUAAAUGGGAUAAAUUUUCUUUAAUGUAAUGUUUUGGUAAUUAGUUAAUCAAACCGUUAAGUCAAAUUAAUCCCAUUGAAAUAUGUAUAGUGUUACUCUUACAGGGAUGUACAAAUUAAUUAAUUAAAACAAAGAAAAAUGUGAAGUAUUGGCCCUCUAAAA